AUGAAUCCCUUCUCUAAAGACAUCGACACAGAUAGCUUGUAUAAUAUUUCUACUGGUAAAGCGGCAUCGAUGAAUGUCGCAAAUUGGUUACUCAAUAUAAAACCAUUAGGUCUAGAACAAAAGUUCAAUUUCUUUUCCGAAUGCUUUGAAGAUUCUAAAAGAUUCGUAAGGCCAAUAAAACGUGAUAAAAUAUACAACUUUGCUUCAGACUGUGUGAAAAGAAGUGUUAAGAGUACUGUGGGAGAUAAAACAAUUAUUAAAAUGGAACGAGAUAUUUUCGGACGACUGUUAGAAAUUGCUAUCGAUCAAAAAGUCGACAUUGAGUAUUGCCUAUCAUUUCCUCUUGCACCUAUACCUCCUGCACUAUUCAGCUGCUCAGGUGACAUGCUGAAGACAGAUAAAUCUGCUUUGAGUAAACAAUUAAUGUCCAAGACUACACCAGCUAAUCCUGGACAAGUUGAUAUAGAAAUUAUUGAUGGUUUUUAUUAUAUUUAUCAAAUCGGCUCUACUUUACCACAAGCUUUUGGAAAGCUAGCUGAAUCAAUAUUAAUGAAGUUUUGA